GUCUCAAGUUGCGAAUAGCGGGGAAUCUUAUGAAUUUUUACGGGGAUUGAUUUUGUUACUUGCUCUUUUCUAAUCUUUAGUGAUUCAACAUUCAGUUGAUGUUCUGUCAGUGGGAAGUGCAUUUAAAUAUUUGUAUGUAUUAUUAUUUUGAAUGAGUAUUGGGUCAACGAGUAAUAUAUUCAUCAUAUAACAAAUUCCAUAUAGAUAUGGGUGAAAUUGAAUACCCGACUAAAAUGUGAAGUUAAAUUUAUACAUUACAUGUGUCGUGACAAGUGUGGAGACACCUAUAUUACACAUAAAAGUAUUUUUGUCCAUACAUUCAAGAUGAAUUUGGCAAAAAUUACUCCCUUGAAAUAUGCAGAAGACUCUUUUAUUGUUUCUGAUAGUGAAGAAGAAGAUAACAGUCCUCUAAACAACAAUACCACUGGUGUAAAUCCUCAAAUUAUCAAUGAUUCAGAUUCUGAAGUGGAUUCACCUAAUUUUGAUUCAAAUUCUAAAGUAUCUGAGGAUCAAAGCAGUAAUGAUACAUUAGAUUCAGAAGAAGAGGACAGGCAAUUUAUGAACAAUAGCCAUGUGGUAUCAAUUGUACAACAUUCAUCAGAUUCAGAAAGUGAAACAAAUAAUAAAUUGAAUAAGAUAAAGAGAUAUUCCAUUUAUGAUAAUCCUGAUAGUUCAAAUUCAAUGAAAAAUGAACGAUUGAAUGAAAGUACACCAAUUCAUGGUAUCAAGCGUAAGCGACUUAAAAGAGCAGUAAUAUAUAGCGAUUCUGAAUCAGAAAAUCUUUCAGUUAAUCGUGGAAAAAAAUCUGCAAACAAAAGUGAAAGUAAAUUAUUGCCGUAUAACUUGGAUGAUGAGCAUGAAAAAUAUGAAUCUAAAGAGUCAAAUUAUGAAUCUACAGGUAAAGAUAGUUCUGAACAAUCAAUAGAGAGUAGUAAAGAAACGUCAUCUAAUUAUGAAGAUUCAAAUGAAAAAUCAAAAGAUAGUUCUGCUCAUAGCCUUUUUUUGGGUAUUGGGAAAAUGGGUUGUCCAGAAAUUGACGAACAAAGAUCCAUUAAAAAAAAAGAUAGAGAUUUUAAGGUUUCUGAUCUUAAGUUACCAGAAAAAAAAAAAUUUAUCCUGGAAGAAAGAAACAAAUCUAAUAUUAUAGCAAGUAGUAAUGUCGUUGAUCUUACAAUGAGUGAUGAUCAGAAUGAAUUCAAUUCCGAAAAUACAAGUUAUAGUGAAGAUAAAAGAACUAAUCUUGUGGAUCUCACAGUUGAUGAAAAUUCUAAAAAUAAAUCUAGUAUAAUUGAAAGAGAUAAAAUAAAAAAGAAUCAAGAGUCUAGUGACGAAGUUCUUAUUGUAUCUACAAGUACCUCUGAAAAUGAAAUAGACGAUGAAGUUCUAAAUUUUGUAAGAAAAGAGGUUGGAGUUGGUAAUAUUGAUCCUGUAGAAGCUCAAAAAAAAGAACACUACCUUCUUCAGGUUGAUAUGCUUCAAAAUCAACUUACCAAAUUAAAUAAAUUGGCUGAUUCAAAAGCUAUUGAUAAAUUGCCAGAUAGAGGAGCUAAAGUGCACGAGACUAUAAAGAUAACUCAGAAGAAAAUUUUAGACUUACAAGCAAAAUUAUCAAAACUUUCUCGUAGAAGCGCUAUGAAAAAUUCAAGAAAUUCACAAUUACCAAUGAUAAAAACUAAUUCAACAAUAAAUAUCGAAAAAACAAACUCAUACAAUGAUUUAUUCAACGAAGGCAAAGAGAACUUUAAUGAAAAUGGAAAUUUUAAUGUCAAGAAAUAUGUUAAAAAUGAGUUUGAGAGUAGUGAUGAAAAUGAAACCGAAAAAUUACAUGUCAAAAAGUAUUUAAAAAAUGAAUCUAAAAGCAGCCACGAAAAUCAUAAUAGAAAAUUAUAUGUCAAGAAAAACGUUAAUAGCGGAUCUGAAAGCGACAAUGUAAAUGAAGAUGAUUUUGAUGUGCAUGACAUUCCCGAUGUUCCUCAAACAUUUUUUGAUCCAAAUGAUCUUGGUAAAAAAGCGUUAGAAACACUGCAAAAACAACAAUCGUUGACAGGUCAAAAGCUUGAGCAACUUCAUGGAUCUUUGACUUCACGUCCAGCAGAUGAUGUAAGAGAUAAGGAUCCUUAUGGAUUAAAAAUUCCACUUAUGGUCCAUCAACAACAUGCAUUAGCUUGGUUGAAAUGGAGAGAACAACAAAAACCAAAAGGAGGAAUUUUAGCUGAUGAUAUGGGAUUAGGUAAAACUUUAACUAUGAUUUCCUUAGUUUUGGCAAAUUUGAACGAGAAAGAAAGUGAUAGUGAUAAUAAUAGCAGCAGUGAUGAUGAGUGGUUUUCCAAAAAGAAGGAGCAUAAGAGAUAUUAUGGAGGUACUUUGGUUGUAUGUCCUGCAUCAUUAAUUAAGCAGUGGGAAGCAGAAGUAAAUAAUCGGUGUAAACGUGGGUUGCUCAGUGUUCUUGUCUUUCACGGAAACAAACGAAGUGUUGAUGACAGAAAAUUAUCAAAAUAUAACAUAGUAGUAACAACGUACCAAACUUUAGUUAGAGAAGCUGAAUUAGAAUCUGGAAUGUACAAGAUGGAAUGGACUCGGGUUAUCCUUGAUGAAGCUCAUUAUAUCAGAAAUCAUAAAAGCAAAGCUUGUUUAGCUGUAUGUGGUUUGAGUUCAAAAUAUAGAUGGGCUUUGACUGGAACACCAAUCCAGAAUAAGGAAAUGGAUUUAUAUGCUAUUCUCAAAUUUCUAAAAUGUUCACCAUUUGAUGAUCUUCACGUCUGGAAACGUUGGGUUGAUAAUAAAAAUGAUGCUGGUAAACAGAGAUUAAUAACCAUCAUGAAGACAUUAAUGCUACGAAGAACAAAACAAGAGUUACAAUCUAAAGGAUCAUUGGAAUCUUUGCCAGAGAAAUUUAUUGAUAUUGUAGAAAUUGAUAUGGAUCCUGAUGAAACUUUAGCUUAUCAGAAGAUUCUACUGUUUUCACAAAAUCUUUUUGCUCAAUUUUUGGCUCAACGCGCUGACAAACAGCAUACAAAAGAAUUGUAUGGUGGUAAAUUUGAUAGACAAAACAGUGCUGUAACACAAUUUACAAAAGCCCAAAAGGUAUUAUUAGCCCAUCAUUCAAGUAUUGAAGCGUAUGAGAUCUUGGUUUUACUAUUGCGACUAAGACAGAUGUGCUGUCAUCCUGCUUUGGUACAUGCAAUGCUUGAUAAGGAGGAUGCAGAAGUUAAUGGGAUUCUCGAACAAGACUACGAUUCGAAUAACGAACUUUUACAAAGAUUGAGUAAUAUAUCAAUCAAUGAAGAUGGUAAAGUCGACGAGCUUGCCGCCAACUACAAAAUUGAUGAAAAAGUUGCAACUAAUCUUUUAAGUACAAAAAAUCCAGUUUUCGAUCAAUAUCGACGUAGUUCUAAGGUCCGAAAAAUAAUAGACACUGUUGAGGAAAUUGUAAAGAAAGGUGAAAAACUCAUUAUUGUAUCACAAUGGUCAAGUUUUUUAAAAGUGAUUGCAAAAAAUUUGGAUAACAUUGAAGAUGCUAAAUAUGAAUUUUUUACGGGUGAAGUUGCCGUAAAAAAAAGACAGGAUAUUGUUGAUAAAAUCAAUAAUCUUCGCAGUGACAUAAAUAUUUUACUGCUGUCUUUGACUGCAGGAGGCGUUGGUUUAAAUUUAGUUGGGGCAAAUCAUUUAUUGCUUAUUGAUAUUCAUUGGAAUCCACAAUUGGAAGCUCAAGCUCAAGAUCGUAUUUACAGGUUUGGCCAGAAGAAAAAUGUACAUGUUUACAAAUUCAUUUGUAAAGAAACUAUUGAGGAGAGAGUGAAAGCAUUGCAAGACAAAAAGUUGGAUGUAGCAAAUCACGUGUUAACUGGUUCAAGAUCAGUUUCAUCCAAGUUAACUAUUGAAGAUUUAAAACUGUUGUUUUCAUAAAU